CCUCUCAUCAAUCCUCCCGUUCGACACAUCAAACGGCCACUCACCGUCCCACCACCCAAAAAUCACAACGCAUCGCCAGCGUCUUGUCUCGCCCACGUAGACAGGAUCGCAUUCAGCCCAUACGCAUCUUUUUAUUGUUUUAAACACGGCCAGGGCCGUUGAUCCCACACUAUUGUCGGAUAAUCUCGAUCCAUGACCGGCAGCACAUUAUCGCCAAUGACAAACAUCGCCCCGCAACGUCAACGAGACACACUUUAAACCCCACGGGAGCGAGUGCGAGCGAGGAGUCGGGCGAUUUCAGUGAUCGUUCUGUGAGGGGGUUACGAAGUUUUUCCCGGGUGUCUUCCAUUCGACGUCGUUGUUGUCCCAAGGACCGUUCUCGCUUUUCUGCCUGCGCGUGCAGCUGGUGUCCGUUGAAUCGGUUCCGUCGAACGUUUUGUUGAACGACUUGACGGAUUCCUGCCACUUAUUUGGCUACACCAUAAAGUCCAUCCCGACACACAAAAGACAAGCGACUACAGCAACGUCGUCACAAUGCCUGCCGCAAAUGUAGCUGCGAUACCUACAGAUGCGGCCUCGGCGCCGGCCUCGCGGAAAACCUCACUCGCACCAGAGAGGAAGUACAAGUGCCAGUUCUGCAACCGCGCCUUCAGCAGAAGUGAGCACCGGAGUCGUCACGAGAGGUCUCAUACCAAGGAGCGACCAUUCAAGUGCAUGAAGUGCCGCAGUACCUUCGUACGUCGCGAUCUAUUGCUUCGCCAUGACCGCACUGUUCACGCUAAAGACGGCGGUGUUCCUCUGCACAGCGAUGGAAAGCGCCGUGGUGGAGCCAAGCCUAGGGCUGUUGCGACACCUAACAAGGAGCCUAUAGGUAUCGACGCGGCAGCCUUGGAACAGAUCGAAGCCAGCAGCGAAGGUGUUUUCGACGUGGAGACGGCAGCGAUGCUCGUUGCAGACCUACAUCACAAAGCCACAGCCGCAAUGCGUGCUAAUAGCGGUGAAGGCAGUUCUGGGGCCGCGUAUCCGCAGAGCGGGGCAAACAUGAUGGACUCACCUGUGUCCUUUCCUUCUGGGCCUAUUGCUAUUCCGCAGUGGGACACUUUCAUGCCUCAGGCGGUGGCAGAGCCCAAGGCCCAUUCCAUUGCGUCGAGUGCGUCUGGCUCUUUCGAGUCCCAGCCCACUUUCAACGGAUCUCUUGCUCAGCAUCCAGCCCAGCUUCCCCCUCUUGGUACUCCGACAUUAAAUGCUCCCGCUCCUCCGCACUCACCCUUCCUGGCUCAUGGCGGUGUUCACAGUCCAGUCGAGUCCCACCAGGCUCACUCCAUGGCCGGGUUCAAAGCCCCUCAGGUUAUCGGUGACGAAGAGCGUAACAUGAUAUUGGAUAACAUUCGCACAAGUGACAGUGAACAAGCCAUCCCAGACGGCUUCCGUCUGCCAAAUCUGCCCUCGCUGAAUCGCUACCUCGCCACCUACUUUGGACUCUUCCAUCACCACCUGCCGUUCCUGCAUCCAUCAUCGUUUAAGCCAACCGAGGUUUCGUCUCCUCUGCUGCUCGCAGUCCUGUCCAUUGGUGCCCUUUAUGCCUUUGAUCAAGAUCAGGCUUACGCUCUGCAUAUCGGCUCUAAGGUGCUUGUCAACCAGUUCCUACAAAACAAAGAAAACUUCAGCUCUCGCCAAUGUCCUCUAUGGACGAUGCAGAGCUCGCUUCUCAACAUGAUCUUUGCCAGCUGGAGUGGUGACCCCAAGGGGCUCGAGUGGGCUUGCUCCAUCAAGAGUUUGUUGGCCAACAUGGUGUCUGGUAAUCGGUACGAGCUGAAGCUUCGACAAGAGGCCAGGGAAACACGGUUGCCUUCUCGCGCCGAGUGGGUUGAAGAUGAAGGCUGCAGGCGUACGUACUACGCGGUGUACAUCUUCUUCGGGUUGCUCACAUUAACCUACAACCACACUCCUGCGAUUGGGUUCAACGAGUUUGAGGACUUGCAAUUACCGUCGACCGAAGGGCUAUGGAACGCAGUGGUUUCAGACGAGGCCGCCUGGCAAGAACAGCUGAAGUCAUCCCACACGGUGGUGUUCAUGCAGGCGCAUGAGAAUCUUUUCCAGGGCGAAAUGCUCAAGUACAGCGCGUUCGCCACCCGUGUGAUGAUAAACGCACUAUUCCUGGAGGUUUGGUACCACAAGCGUAGCCCGGAGGCUCUGCAGGAUGUUGUUACAGAGUACAAGCUCAGGCUCGCUUUGGAGACUUGGGAGAAGUCCCUGGAAUUGUGCGAGCCGGAAGCCUUCGCAGUACCUCUGAGUGCGCCCCACAAGGGCCACCCACUGCUCUUCAACGCCAAGGCCAUGUUCCGCAAUGCGCGCUCCCGCCUGGAGGUUGACCUGAAGGCUGUGCAAGAGGCACUGCGGUACCACGACUCCUACGAGGUUGCUGCGGCUAUGUCAAGUGCCCGUGACAAGGUCAAGCGCACUACUGAGAUGCUCAAGGUUAUUCAAGAGUGCUUCAACUGCAUUGAAACGGCUGUUCUGCAGGGCGUCCGCUGGGUCGCGCGCACAUCGCCUACUCAAUGGAGCAUAGAACACCCACUGUGCGGACUUGACAUGAUGAUUAUCCUCAGUCUUUGGCUGUAUCGUCUGGAACAUGACGAGGAGCCUGCCACCGAUGAUGAGUUAGCCAUGUACAACAAGAUCCGCCAGCUCUUCGACAAGGACCUUGACGAGUCCUAUGUAGCUCAUCUAAGCUCUAUUGUUGCCCGUCUUUGGGGCUCGAUGCUGGAUGAGGUGGUUGUUUGGGGAAUCACACGUCUGAUGGGUGAAUCCUUCCGCCUCCACUCGCAAGCUUUAGUCGGUUACGUGGAUGAUGUCGAGGCGUCGUCGAAUGUUUCGACGCCGGAGAUGUCACAGGGUGCCGACGAAGAUAGCGUGUAUUAAUAAAACGAUACGAAGUGAUGAUUUCUUUUGUUAGUUGGGGUAGGAAUUUAUACCAGGCAUAUACCUCUCGAUUUUCCGCUUAACUUUUCUCUCGGCUUUGGGGGUGCGGGGCGUGGAAGGUUGUGAGAGGGAGAAAUGUUUGCCAUUCUUUCUGCCUCUUUUUCCUCUUUCUUUCGCGUCCUUCCUUUGCGUUUGCUAUUUUUUUCUUCUCGUCUUCUCUACUCUACAUUUUGGCUUCAUAAGCCAAUUUACAUCUGCUUUCUUUGUUCUUUUCUUUUUCUUUUCUCCUUGAUUUCUUUGCUCUUUUCCCAAAUCUCCUCUCCUGGAGUCUGCAUAUCAGCGUUCUCGUUACAUCUUUUGUUGGUCACGGGCAAUACGCCAGGGCAGGGUCGGUCAAUUGGUUUCGCAUAGGCUCCCAAGGAGAGGGAAUCUGCGCUCUUGGCGCGCCUAAUAUUGCACACUAACUGUUGGCUGGUCCAUAUGGAGGUUUCCUUUUCAUCUUGUCCAAUUAGCUACGGCGACCUUACUCACAUAUUAAUAUUUCGCCUUCGGGUCCUCUCUCGUUUCUUUUUUCCUUUAUUCGUCUUUUUGCUCCUCUCUAUAUCGCAACAUAUUCCCUCGUUUCUUUGCUCUCCUUGAUACCUUGUUCGAUAUACACUUCGCAGUUAUUAUUACAUCUUACUUACCCCUGUGGCCUAAGGCAGUGCCGAAAUGCAUGCUCUUGUGUCAGGCUUUUCAUUUUCGACUUAAUGGUUCCAACGGGAUGCCUCAGUUAGUCUAGACCAUCACCAAAUUGCUGUCAAAACAUGGUCGUCACUUGAACUUCUGCUUCAUUGGGGUCUUUGCGUUUAUGGUCUGCAAACUUUCAUCUUGUAAUUGCGCCUGUAGCAAUGAGACCCCACUCAUGACUUUGUACUAAUUUCUUGUUGUAAUGUGAUUGUGC